UCAACUGCCGAUUGUUGUUGCUUUUUUAAUUGUCGAAUUUUUUUCGGGUCUAAUAAAAAUGUUGAAUUGGCUAGUUUGCUAUGCUUUAAAUUAUCAUGGAUACUAUUUUUACAAUAAUAAUUACAACAAUAAUUACUACAACAGCAAUGUCACUGGUUACGAAUACAAUUACAACGUUCAACAAGAGUAUUCCUAUCGUGCACUUUCAAGGCGUCAAAGAAACCGUUUAAAUCGGCAGGCGAAGAGGAAUGAUGACGGCAGCAAUAUGAAUAAUCAUCAAAAUCAGCCGGUGCCAAAAAAUCGCAAAGCAUUGGAAGAGGCUAAUUUAAAGAAAGGUCUUGAAACAAAAAUUGAAGAAGGUAAUAAGGGAUAUGAGUUGCUUGUGAAAAUGGGCUACGAAAAUGGCAAGGGAUUGGGUAGAAACGCCGAAGGUAUAUUAGAGCCCUUGAUGCUAGAAAAGAAAUCAGAUCGCAAGGGUUUGGGAGCAGAAGCAGGGGUGACCAGCACUACGGGAACUCAACAUUUGUCUAGAGCGCAAAGAAGACGAUUGCGUCUUAAAAUGGAAGCAGAUGAGACUGCUAAGCAGGCUCAAAACGCAAAGGAGCAACAAAAAGCUUUGGUACAAAAAACGUUUGUAAGUACUCAGCAGCAAGUACAAAAAACUAGACCAGUAGCUGAGGUAGCUAAACAAGCUGUGGUGGCUACUACUACCAAGCAAACUCCAAAUCAAGAAAACCAAAAAUUGGUCAAAGCUGUAGCCACAGUGUUACCCUCAAAGACUGCAAUUGCAACAACAACAACUAAGAGCCUAACCACAUACAAACUAGAUAAAAUGAAAUUCUCCGUAAAAGAUCCAUGUACUCCAGAAUUUUUGCAUGCUAUAGGACAAACGUUUAAUUCGGAAAUUGAGUUAAUGCAAUUGCGUUUGGCAGCCGAAGCCUCAAUAAAUCAUGUGGUCGAUGAUGAUUUCCUAAUUGUUGCCAAAAUCUUCAUAGACAAUAAUCCACACGUGGCCGAUCACGUAUUUGAAUUUAUACGCACCGAACUGGUUGGUUGGAUUGGAGUGUAUCAGCAGGAGGGUUUAGCCACACCCAUUUUUCACAGCAUCACCAACAAUGGCAGUCACAUUACCAUCGUUUGUGAUAAUAUUUAUGCCUUCGAAUGUCUAUCACGUUGCAUUGAGGAUAUUUUGCAGAUGAAGACCAUGGAAUGUCUUAAGGUCUUACGUUUGCCUGCCAUUACACCUUUAAUUUAUUGCUUCGAUGCCAAAUACGAGGGCAUAGCAAGUGAUGCUAAAUUGUUUUUAUCACAACUUAACUUGCACAAACCCAAGUUAUAUACUGACAAUUGGGUGGUAGCCUCACAAGAGGUUUGUCCCGAGGGACGUGUGACAUUUUUUAUCUUUUUAGUCGACGAACGUUCAGCGCUGGCACUGAAUUUCCAUUAUAGCCGUAGUUUUUGCAUUUGUAUGCAACAGGUUACUUUUCGUAAUCGUGGCAUUGUAAGGGAAGCUAUUUGAAAUUUAAUUUAAAUUGAAAUAAUCCAUUUAUUGUUUUUUAUUAAUAUCGAUUACAUUUUAAAAAUGUAAAAUAAUUUUAAAAGAAUUGAAUUUUUAUACUUUGUUAUUUUAUCCU